UCUGUCUUUGCUAAGCGCAUGCGCAAAAAUAUAAAUAAAACACAUUUGCCUAAAGAUGAAGGCAUAUGGUAUUUAUGUAUGUUUGGUAUUAAUUCUGAUAUUUGUUUUCGGUAUUUAUAAUACACAUGGAGCUAGGGGAGGGGCGAGGGUGAGAUCCACAUCGAGGACACGGAGCACGAGUAGUGGAACGAGAAGUUCUGUCAGAAGUGUUACAAGAUUCGGGACCCGUAGUUCCUAUAGCGGAUCUUCUUAUUCACCAGGGACAUGGAAAACGGCGGCGGCCGUCGGUACAUUAUAUGGACUGUCCAGUUACAAACACAGAAGGCGGUACUAUGAUUCUCCAAACAGUGAGCCGACAGUUUGUUUCAACGAAAAGAACUUGAAAAAUGGAACAUAUGGGUAUUUCAUUUGUCCCGAAGAGGGACAAGACGACGAUAUGGCAUAUUGCUGCGGGGACGAAGAUGCUCAGACAUGUUGUGAAUAUACGGAUGCGACGGCUGUGGGACGAAUUAUCGGAAUAGUAUUUGGUGUUCUCGCCGCUUGUGCGUGUGUGGGCAUUUUGGUGUACUGUGUUGUCAUACAAAUGAAACGAAGACAAAGAUUAAAUGGAACAACAUACGCUCAAAAUACUUCAACAGGUACAGCCUCAGUUCAAUAUAGUGUAAAUCAGCCUUAUUUUACAAACGGUUCCAAUUUCCAGUAUGACCAAAAACAAGACAUGUCGUCAUAUCCGGAAACGGCAAAUUCCUACGACACCAUAGGCAACACCGAGGCAAAUGGUUCUAUGUCUAAUAGGCCGAUAGGGUUUGAAGGGGAUAGAUCUCAGCCACAGAAUGGUGUGUCUGGACCUCCGCCAUAUUCUCCCUCGCAAUAUAACGGCUUUCAAGACACACCUUCGGCGCCCCCACCUCCGUAUCCCGCAAAUAACUUCUAGGACCAACUUUCCUUCGAACAUUUGUUUGUAAAUAAAUUGUUCCAACUCUA